AUGGAUCCAGAUGCCGCCGUCAACGACAAUCAAGCUCUUCCCGACGCUCAACCCGAAGCUCAACUUUUCCCCCAUAACGAUCUCCAAUGCCCUGUCCUCGCCCCGAUGGUCUACGUAGCUGUGGUCAAGCCGUUCAAGACCAAAAUGGCCGAACAGCAGAAAACCAUUGAGGAGCUUGAAAAGAAGAAUCGAGAAUUAACGUUGCUAAAUCCAUUGAAUUUAUGGAAACGUGUUGAGAGCGACGAUCCGGAGACCAUGGAAUCAACCGGAAGAAGGAAAAGUUUCUCUGAAAAUGCCACUGACAUAGAGAAAGUUACACCCCCACCCCCUCAUCCACGCCGCCGGUGCGACUGUGGUGUCAAUUUAAAUUGCUCAUUUUUAGGAUAUGACGAACUUAAAAGAGAAAAUGGUGGCCUUCGACUGGAAUCUGAAGAGAGGACACGACUGACGACCGAUCAAGCUCAACAGUUGAGACAAAUGGAAAAUGCCCAUCAAAUUAAUUUGGACCGGAUUGCAACCCAACAUGCGGAAACACUAAGGAUCAAAGAGGAGGCAAACUUGGCGACUCUAGCGCAAAAAGAACAGCUUAUUAAUGCUUUGAGAAGAUCCGGGGAGCAGUUGGAGAUUUCACAUGGAGCGCAGGAAAGUCGAUGGGGGGAGGAGAGAAAUGGGUUGCAGUCUCAGCUCCAAGAAAAACAGGCCAUGAUGGAUGCACUGGUGGAAACAAAUAAUGGAUUAAUGGAGGAAAUCAAGGAGUUACAGGAGGAAAAGAACGUACUGAAAAAUGAAUUUAUUGAGGAGCUGAUGAGAGCCGAAAAUAAAUACUUGGAAUCAAAAAGAGAAACCGAAGCGGCUAUCAACGAGGGGAAACAGAUGCAUUCUCUUCAAAUUGGAUGCGCACUCACCGCUGCCGUCUACCAGAACAGAGCAUCAAUAACUGAGUGGUCCGCGUUUGAGAAGAUUCUCGGAGACUUGUCGGGAACUAUUCUAUCCUCCUUGAAGUGCCAAAUCCCGGAUCUCCAAAAGGCCUUGGAUCUUUCUCGACAGAUGAAGGACAAGUACCAAGAAUCUUUGCAAGAGAAAUUGGAGGAUCAGAAAAAAAGAAGAGAAAAUGCACAUGGGAAAACUGCUGAGGUUGACGGGGUACAAGGUAGUUUGGCAGAAACAAAAGCAGUGAAGCCCUUGCCUCUUUUGUCGAAAAAUGAAGAAGAGGAAGCGGCUCAGAAGCCAAAACCGUCACGCAAACGAGGAGCAGAAAAUGAACUCGUCACGUUUGGGAGAAAAGUUAAAAGCUUGUGA